AUGUCCAGUAUUCGAAGCAGAUUGAAGGCUAGAGAAGACGACUCUUUUCAAGAGGCUCUCCAAUUUUUAAACAACAAACAGUACAAGAAAGCUUUGAAAAAUGUAGAUGGCAUCUUAAAGAAGAAUCCUGGUCACACAGAAAGUGUAGCCUUAAAGGCGUUACUGUUAUACCAUUUGAAAGAAAAAUCUGAGGCGAAGGUCUACGCUAAGCAGGCUGCUGUUCAAGGUGAUUCGAAACCGGUAACCAACCACAUUUUGGGAAUUUACUACAGGAGUGUUCAGGAUUACCAAGAGGCGGCUAUUUGGUUUCAAAAAGCUGUAGAUAACAAAAUUGCUAACUUCAAUGUUUACAAGGACUUGUCUUGUCUACAAGCCCAAAAUCACAGAUAUGUCGGUAUGGUGAAAUCGAGACUGAUGACCUUAGAAAAAGAAGCCGGGUAUAGAUGUAAUUGGACAGGUUUGGCCAUUGCUCAUCAUUUGAAUAAAGAUUACAAUGCAGCAGUUAAAACUCUGACCAAGUUUGAGGAACUUGCGAAAGACAGUUUGAGCGAAGGGGAUCUACUGGAGCAUUCCCAAUUGUUACUCUACAAGGCUAUCAUCCUGAAUGAGGCUGGUGAAUUCCAGGCAUCUUUGAAUGCAUUGAAUCAAGAUGAAAAAAGCAUUUUUGACAAACUAAAGUUUGAUGAAUUAAAGGCAAAGAAUCUGAUCCAAUUAGGUGACUUGAAAGCUGCUUCAAUGAUUUAUCGUAAACUUUUAAAAAGGAACCCAGACAAUAAUUCGUACUACUACUUGUUAGAAAUAUGUUUAGGCACCAAUGUUGCUUCUGCUGAUGUCAGAAAGCGAUUAUAUCAAAGAUUGGCAGGUUUUUAUCCAAAGUCUGAUCCACCAAAGUUUAUCCCUCUUACGUUCCUCGAGGGUGACAAAUUUGUCGAAGCUGCUUCUGACUAUGUUCUGGAACAGUUAAGAAGGGGAAUUCCUUCAGCCUUUGUUAAUGUCAAACCAUUGUACAAAGAUGUAAACAAAGCCAAAGCUUUAGGGUCCAUUGUUACAGAAUUUUUCAAUAAGAAUCACACCAGCCCAACCACCUAUGUUUGGUCCGGAUACUACCUGGCUCAACACUACUUGGAACUUGGUCAAUUGAAUGAAGCUUUGAAAUUUGCCAACUUAGUAAUUGAACACACUCCAACUCUUGUGGAGCCUUACAUUGUUAAGGCUCGUGUUUUCAAACACAAAGGUGAGCCUUUAGAUGCAGCUAAGUUCAUGGAUGAAGCCAGAAAGCUUGAUUUGCAAGAUAAGUUCAUCAACUCAAAAACCACUAAAUAUUACUUGAGAGCCAACUUAAUAAAUGAAGCAACUCAAACUAUCAAGCUAUUCCACAGAAUUGAUGAUAGUGUUGAUGUCAUUGAAGGUCUACACAAUACUGAAUGUGUGUGGUUCAUCACGGAGGAAGCUGAGGCAUUUUACAGAAUUUUCAAAGAGAAAAUGGCUCUGCUCAAGGAUGGAGAUUUUGACGCUGACCUACAGCAAGAAAUUUUGGAGAAUCAAGGGCUUGCUUACAAGAGAUUCCAGGCCAUUGAUACGAUCUUUGGAGUCUUUAUAGACGAACAGUUUGAUUUCCAUAGUUAUUGUCCCAGGAAGGGGACUCCAGCAAGCUAUAUUGAAAUGAUUAGAUGGGCUGAUAAUCUUUAUCAUCAACCAAUGUACACCAGAGCUUCUGUUGGUAUUUGCAAGAUCUUGUUUAACAUUCAUAAGAAACCUGAAGAUUUAAACCCCAAAGGAUUGAGUAGGCAGGAAAAGAAACGCCGUGACGCAUUAAGCAUCUCUCAAAAAUCGUAUCGUGAAGACGACGAUGUGUUCGGAGAAAGGGCAGUUGAAGAGUUGACUAUGGAUGAUUUGAACACAAUAUACAACAGACUGAAUAAACAAUAUAUUCAAGUCAACGAACUUGGGUUCGAAUUAUAUUGCCGUCAAUAUAAGGUCAUAUUUGCUGCACAAGCCCUAAUCAACCUUUCCAAAUUGACCAAUAACAAACACAGGGAAAUUGGUCAUUUCCUUAUCAAACUAAAUUUUGACGUUUUAUCCAGUGAUAAAGUCCCUGAUUCGUUGAAGAAGGUGGUCAAAAUAACAUUGUUGAAAAAUUUUCCUGAAACAAAAGAUUUACUAGAUGACAGAAGCCAAAUGGAAGCGUAUGCUAACCAAAAAUUCCUGAGUAGUCUAACUCUGUGA